AUGGAUUUAAUGCAAGAAAUUACUAAGCCAUAUUUACGAAAAGAUUUUCUUUCUUUACAAGUAGGAGAAAAAAUAAAAGUAACUACCAAGGUUUUUGACAAGGGUAAUAAAGAAAAAUACCGAAUAUCUAAUUUUGAAGGAAUAAUUAUUAGCCAGAAAAGACCAAAACAAAUUAAUUAUAAUUUUGCGGUGCUUAAAGAAGGCAGUAAAUUAGUUAUUAAGCAGACUUUUUUUUAUCACUCUCCUUCAAUUAUAAAUAUUAAAAAAAUGGGCAUGAUUAACCAAAAAGUUCGCCAGGCCAAAUUAUACUUUUUAGAAAGAGAAUUAGCCGCCAAAAAGUCUAACGGAUAA